CCUUGGCUUGCCUUGCCUUGCCAGCUCAGCCAGCUCGGCCAGCUUGUGGUGAUCCAAUCCUACCUUCCUUUCCUCACCUCGCGUCACAUCAAUUCCCAUCCAAUCCAUCUCUUCGACCACGAUAUUAUCCAUCAUGCAAGAGUCUCUCGAUGAGAAGGCGCAGGCGCAGGCGCCGCCGCCACCUUAUCGCGGAGACGGACGAGAUAGCCGCGAGUACGGCCUCGAGUACGAUGAUGGACAGGACCUGCCAAUGCCUGCUACCGCGGCUGAUCGUGCUGCCUCGCGACGAUGGAUGCUGCAGAUGCUCCUCGUGGGCGUCACCGUCUACUACAUCGUUAUGGCUUACGGGCGUGCAGCCAUGUCCAUCUCUUGGACUCGGGGAGGAGGCUGUGGACAUCACCAUCGCUUCGCACCACUGCCAGAGGAUGGCCAGGUAGACAUGUCCCGCGCCCCCAUCGGCAAGUUCAUCGAGCACAAGUGCUGGUCCGACCUCAAUCUUUCAUCCACAUUCAGCUGCUAUCGUAUGGCCGCCCCUCUAGACUACACCAACACAUCCGACGACCGUCGCGCCAGCAUCGCUCUCGUCAAGUACCCCGCCGGCGGAGGUAACACACCUCGCUCAGACGUUCUCGGCUCCAUCUUCUUCAAUCCUGGCGGGCCAGGCGGCAGCGGUAUCGGCUUCCUGACGGCCAAGAGUCCCUCACGCGGAGGCCUCACCGCUGCAUACUUUGACCAGAUCUUCGAAGGCCGAUACGACCUGCUCAGCUUUGACCCUCGAGCUGUGGGACGAACCACGCCCAAAGCCAACUGCUUCCUCGAUGAUGAUGAGGGAGCCUACGCCAACGAGAUCUUCUUUGAAGGCUCGGGGCUACCGCACUCUUCGGACCACGCCAUUGUCAAGAGUAUUGCGCAUGACAACCUGAUCUCGGGCGUCUGCAAGGAGAACAAGGGGGAGGAGCUCACCCACGUCUCGACGGCGUCGGUCGUCAACGAUAUGAGUCUGAUGCGCAAGGCCGUGGGAGACAAGCACCUCAACUACGCCGGUUUCUCCUACGGCACCGUGCUGGGUAGCUAUUUCGCCGAUAUACUUCCCGAGGAGGUGGGCAAAUUCUGGCUUGAUGGCGUCGUUAAUGUCCCCAACUACCAACAAGGCCUUUGGGACGAUAACGUCGUGGAUUUUGAGGACGUGCUGUCCGGCUUCUUCACGACUUGCGCAGAUGCGGGCGUCGAGCACUGCCCACUCGCCACCCUCCUCAAUGAUGAUGAGAAGCAGCGAGGCGAUAAGGGUGCUGAGAUUCUCCGCGAUCAGACAUUCGACCUUCUCGAGUCACUCAGGGACCAGCCCAUUGCGGUCCUCAACGCGUCUCUGCCUCAAAUGAGCACGUACAUCGGCCUCAAAGCAGCCAUCUUCUCGACCAUGUACGCCCCCUCGAAAUGGGCCAACUUCACCAAGCUCCUCGUCGAAGCCCACAAAGGCAACCAUGUCCCUCUUGUUGAGGCUUCGGGUAUCACACGCCUCCCACACAAGCCGGCUACCGACGGAGCGAAUGACCAGGCCCAGUUCUCCAUCAUGUGCGGUGAAGCCCUGCAGUACGACGAAGAUUGGGAUGAGGGGGACUACAAGAAGUUCCUCGACAAGCUGGAGAAGAUCAGCCCCUUCGGCGGAGAGCUCUGGGUGAGGGACGGAGCUAUCUGCCAGAGUGCUUGGAAAAUCCGCGCCAAGGACACCUGGCGUGGCUCAUUCAAUUCGACGCCUGCCAAUCCGAUCCUCUUUGGGUCAAACGACUAUGACCCCGUCACCCCGCUGCGUGCGGCGAGGAAGAUGCGCGACUCCUUCCGCAGCAACAACAAGCUGUUCCGCAUUGAGAAGGGAUACGGGCACUGCACUAUUGCUGCGCCCUCGAAGUGUGGGAGCAAGACGGUUGGCGAUUGGUUCGUGCGCGGGGUGCUUCCCGAAGAGAAGGAAAAGGUCUGCCAGCUCGACGUGCCGCCUUACUUCCCGCAGCCCACGGCGGACGAGGAGACGAUGUCUACGCUGUCGAUGGAAGAGAGGAGGCAGGUUGAGGCUGCAGAGGCGAUGCAGACCGUAGGCGAGAUCAUGGCAGAGUGGCGUCAAACGAACGGACGACGCUUCAAGUUCUGAGAACAGGAGGAUCAUUACGAUAAGGACUUUUUGUGCUUUCUCUCCUCUCCU